AUGCAUUCGAGUAACGCAGAGGAUAGACCUAGUAGCUACCCUCUCUCAGGCGAGAUGGAGCUUGAGAUUGGGUUAAAGUUUUUGAACCGAGAAACAGCGAUGCUGGCAGUCAAAAACUACAACAUCCGCAGGAGUGCAGAGUAUAAGGUCGUUGAGUCAGACCAAAGGAGGUAUGUAUGUCGAUGCAAGCAGUUCGGUGAUCAAUGUCGUUGGAUGGUGUUGCAAGGAUCGGUAGAGUCAGCGUACGGGUACAAGGUGUCUUACAAGAAGGUUUGGCACGCGAAGCAGAAGGCAAUCGCAAGGAUCUAUGAUGAUUGGGACGAGUCGUAUGACCAGCUACGGAGAUACUUCAAUGCGCUGCAAGCUUUCAUCCCAGGGACAAUUGUUGACCUCCAAAUAGUUCCAUACUAUGUCGGAAACACGCUUUACUGUGAAAGUGUCAUGUUUCACCAGGUCUUCUGGUCGUUCCCUUCGUGUGUUCAAGCGUUUAGGCAUUGCAAGUCGCUGGUGUCAGUCGACGGAACACACCUGUACGGUAAGUACGCUGGCACCCUUCUCAUGGGCAUAGCACAAGAUGGAAACAACAACAUUCUGCCUGUCGCUUUCGCCCUUGUAGAAAGGGAGAACACAGAUGCAUGGUACUUCUUCCUGACAAAUUUGAGGAGACAUGUAGCGACUAGGCCAGGAGUUCUUCUUAUCUCUGACAGGCAUGCUGCAAUAAAGGCCGCGUUGGAGCGUGAAGCAUGUGGUUGGGAUCACAAUGCUUACUGUGUACGACAUAUUGCCUCGAACUUCGCAACAAGUUUCAAGAGUAAGGAAGCCAAAAGACACCUGGUUAAUGCCGCUUAUUCGAAGACCCAAGAGCAGGCGCAAUACUAUCUCGAGUUAAUUAGCAGCGAGGAUCCCAUAGCAUCCCCGCAGAUGAUGGGUUGGAUACGAGGGUUAGAGCCACCUAAAUGGCUGCAGCACCUUGAUGAGGGCCGACGAUAUGGUCACAUGACGACCAAUCUUUCUGAGUGUAUCAACUCUGUCCUGAAGGGCACUAGAAAUCUACCAGUCUGUGCAAUUGUCAAGUCUACAUACUAUCGCCUAAAUGAGUUAUUCGUCGUGAAGGGUAGGCAAGCACAAGCGCAGAUUGCAAGCGGUCAGGUGUUCUCACAGUUCCUGCAGAAAGCCAUAUUAGCAAACCGUGAGGGAAUUUCUCAGAUGUUAGUGACGUCGUACGAUAGAGCCACAACCGUAUUCACAGUCGACGAGAUAGCUGCUGCAGGGGUGCAGUCUCGGUUUAGGGUUAACCUUCAGUUUCGUAGAUGUGACUGUGGUUACUUCCAGACGUUACACUACCCAUGUGCUCAUGCUCUAGCCGCUUGCGCCUAUGCGAGACUCGAGUGGCAACAAUAUGUAGACUUGGUUUAUCGCAUGGAGAGCGUGUUUCGGGUCUAUGAAUUGGAAUUCCAGCCAAUGCCGGAUGAGGAGAUGUGGCCCCUUAUGAAGGCCCACGUGUCUGUCCCAACCCCCUCCUACGACGCACACUUGAAGGACGUCCGGUGUCUACGAGGUUUCGGAAUGAGAUGGACGAGGUUGAGCCUGGACUCGGUAAGCGGUGUGGCCUUUGCAGUUAUUUGA